UUUUAAUCGAAGCGGUGACACAUUUCGAAAGCAGCAAUGUGAGAAACGGUCCCGAAUCCGGGCAGAUUUGUGAUUUAAGAGCGAGGCGGGGAGGGAGGCAGAGCCCCGGGUGGCGGGGAUGCGGCGGCCGCCCUGGGACCGCGCCGGGGCCGAGCCGAGGUUUCUUCGGAGCUGCCUCCGAGCCCGCGGUGGUUUGGGGAAGGACGCGGUGUGCCUUCGCGGGGAGCCGGGCGGAUCUCAAAAUAAGCGGCUGACGAAGCAGCGCGGCCCUGGAGGUUUCUCUUCGUCGUGUUUCAGGCCGGCCGGGCGCGUCCCUCCGAGCGGCUGCGUGCGAACGGCCGGCUCGCUUUGCAGGGAGCCGGGCUCCUGUCCGAUCCCACCGCUCACCCCGAAAUAAUCCCAAACGGCAUCGGGUGCCAGCCCCGUCGCUGGCUGCUCGGUCUCUUGCUCAGUCUCGCUUGCAGGUGUCUUGGAGCUUCUCACCUCGGAAAAAUUGCUGUUUUGUUUCUCCUUCCUGCUGCACGUAAACGUUUUGCUCGGUAUUUGUUUUCUUAGAGAAAAGCCUUUUCCCCAUCGCAGGGAAGCGACGCCGCAGUGAAGUGGCGAGGAGAUGCUCCAGCUGGGGUCGUCCUCCCUCGCCCCGCACCGCUCUGCUGCUCCUGCCCGGGGACGAUGACGACCGACGAGGGCACCAAGCCCGAAGGGGAGGUGCAGGCGGCCGCCCUGGCCGAGCGCGGGGAGGACAUCACGCCCGCUCGGGACCGCGGCGUGCUGAAGAUCAUUAAGAGGCCGGGCAACGAUGACGAGUCCCCGAUGAUCGGGGACAAGGUUUACGUGCACUACAAAGGCAAGCUGGCCAACGGCAAAAAGUUCGACUCCAGCCGCGAUCGGAACGAGCCCUUCGUCUUCAGCCUGGGCAAGGGCCAGGUGAUCAAGGCGUGGGACAUCGGGGUGGCUACCAUGAAGAAGGGCGAGGUGUGCUACUUGCUGUGCAAGCCGGAAUACGCCUACGGGGCCGCCGGCAGCGCCCCCAAAAUCCCCUCCAACGCCACCCUCUUCUUCGAGGUCGAGCUGCUCGAUUUCAAAGGCGAGGACCUGUUUGAGGACGGGGGGAUAAUCCGGAGGAUCAAGAGGAAGGGCGAAGGCUACUCCAACCCCAACGAAGGCGCUACGGUGGAAAUUCACCUGGAGGGCUUCUGCGGCGGCACCCGCUUCGACUGCAAGGACGUGAAGUUCGUGGUGGGCGAAGGGGAGGACCACGACAUCCCCAUCGGCAUCGACAAAGCGCUGGAGAAGAUGCAGCGGGGAGAGCACUGCGUCCUCUACCUCGGGCCACGGUACGGCUUUGGCGAGGCGGGGAAGCCCAAGUACGGCAUCCAGGCGAACGCGGAGCUGGUGUACGAGGUCACGCUUAAAAGCUUUGAGAAGGCCAAAGAGUCGUGGGAGAUGGACACCAAAGAGAAGCUGGAGCAGGCCGCCAUCGUCAAGGAGAAGGGGACGAUGUACUUCAAGGAGGGGAAAUACCUGCAGGCGGUGAUCCAGUACGGGAAGAUCGUGUCCUGGCUGGAAAUGGAGUACGGCUUGUCCGAGAAGGAGUCGAAAGCCUCCGAUUCCUUCCUGCUGGCUGCCUUCCUAAACCUGGCCAUGUGCUACCUGAAGCUGCGCGAGUACACCAAGGCCGUCGAGUGCUGUGACAAGGCACUGGGGCUGGACCAGGACAACGAGAAGGGCUUGUACAGGCGGGGCGAGGCCAGGCUGCUGAUGAACGAGUUCGAGCUGGCAAAAUGUGACUUUCAGAAAGUGCUGGAAGUGAACCCGCAGAACAAGGCCGCCAGGUCGCAGAUCUCCGUCUGCCAGAAGAAGACGAAGGAGCACAACGAGCGGGACAGGAGGAUAUACGCCAACAUGUUCACCAAGUUUGCGGAGAGGGACGCGAAGGAAGCGGCUAGCAAAACCGGGGUAGAAAAAGAGGCAGCGAAAGCGGCUUGUGCACAGGGGCUGGAAACGGCCGGUGCUGGAGGCAAAGAGGCCGAAGGCCACGUAUGAUGGAGGGGCAGGAGGAAGGGAGAGCCUCCUGCCCUCAGCCAGCACAGAGAAUGGUUUUUGCCAGGACUUAAGGACUCGCCAGUGUUUUCUUGUAAAGCUUGUUACAGUUCGUGUGAUCGUGGAAGCAAAAGCGCCUCGCAAAGAAAAACAAACCCAGUCCUGCUGCCGCGGGCGCGCUCGCGGCUGGGCGCGAGCAGCGGGACGGCGUGGGACCACCGCAAGCGGAACAAACAGCUUUCCAAAGGAGGGGGGG